AUGGGCACUGACAUGUGUACACACCGUGAGAGCAACGUGGGCCCAAACGUACACACACGCAUGCGCACAACGAGGCGGGCAUUGACACGCGAAUUGCCAAGUGUCUUUGACUAUGCCAGCUCGUCUUUAGUGAAGAGUAGAGCGCAUGACCGCGUCAGAUUGAGGCGAGAGGCUGACCGGCUUGCCUGCCAGCCUACCAGCCUGCCAGUAUCCGAUGGCAACCGCAUCUGCCGCUCCGGCCAGCGCAGACCUUCCGGUCAGUCCGCGCCGUGGGCUCGCACGCGUCGCCGGCUCGUCUCAAGCAGAGUGGAAAGUGGAGCCGAAUUGGCGGUACCCUUUUCGGAAGUGUAG